AUCUCCCAUCACUCAGCCAACGCAUUCAACAAAUAACCUUCCUUCUUUCUUAUCAUUUGCAGCUUGUAAAUCACAGCCAUGGGUUCCAUUACUUACGAUAUUGAGAUUCCUUCCUCAAUCCCAGCCACCAAGAUGUUCAAGGCCGUUGUCCUCGACGCAGACACCCUUAUUCCUAAAAUCAUGCCUCAGGCUAUCAAAAGUGUCGAAUUCUUGGAAGGAGACGGUGGUGUGGGAACUGUCAAGAUCAUCCAUUUUGGAGAGGGCAGCCAGUAUAAGAGCGCUAAGCACCGUGUUGAUGCUAUUGACACGGAGAAUUUGACCCACAGCUACACCAUCGUUGAGGGUGAUGCUCUGGUGGGCGUGCUUGAAUCCAUCACUUAUCAUGUCAAGAUUGUACCGGCUGAAGAUGGAGGAUGCAUCUGCAAGAACAGGAGCAUUUAUCACACCAAGGGCGACGUUGAGAUCAAUGAAGAGAAGAUCAAGGAAGGAAAGGAGAAGGCAUUGGCAAUGUUCAAGGCCGUUGAGGCUUAUCUCCAAGCCAAUCCUGAUGCCUAAAUCUUAACUUCAUCACCAAAGGCACUAUCUCCUUAUUUUUAAGAUACUAUUGCACUAGUGUGAUAUUUUUUUCUUUUUAGCUAUGUAUUUGGGGGCUUCUACAAUCAUAAAAUUUUAGUUGUACUUUUUUACUUAAUCAUCUCAGUAAUA